GAUGCAGCAGCCGUUACGGCUCGAUUGAAGAGAUUGGAAAACGCAGUAUUCUCAGCCGAUUCAGCGCAAAAGAAGUCGCUGUCUGAUCAUGGCCUCGCAUCGGACUGGCAAUUAGCACCCGUAGGAUCACAUUUGAUCCUUGCCACGGAAGUCUCAUACAAUCCAGCCGCCGAAGACGCCGAGAGGCGGAGAGAGCAAGUCCUCAACAUGUGCAAUCUUAUGGAACGGUCUAUAGACGACUCCAGAUCCGUUGUCGUUGGUCUUCAACACAAUUUACAGACGCUUGUGUCAACUUUACGGCCAGGCAAGACUGAUCGUCCAGUGGUAUCGAAUACACUGCUCCCGGUUGCCCACUCAGCACUCCUGGCACCGAUCAAUCGAAGCCCAACACAAGCCGCAGACGUCACGCUGAGUAAGACUGUUCCGUUGCCUAUGGAAUUUGAUAUCGAUCAGCUGUUUCUUGACUUUGUUGAGCUAGUACCUGGCAUGGAUGGGUCACAAUGGGAUUCCUUGUUUGAGAACGUAUACUCUGCUUAAAUAUUCACUUGAUAAAAGACUGGAGGGAGACUUGAG